AUGGCGCGGGGGGACGCUCGCAGCGGCCGCGGACUCAUCGCGCUGACCUUCUGCUUGCUGGCCGCGCGCGGGGAGCUGAAGUUGCACCAGGAGACUGUGGAGCUGAGCUGUGGAACGGGGCCACUGCAAGUGAUCCUGGGCCCGGGGCAGGCCGUGGUGCUGGACUGCAGUCUGGGGGCCGCUGCUGGACCCCCCACCAGAGUGAUCUGGAGCAAAGACGGGGCCUCCCUGCCUGAGCACCACCAUCUGCACGUGCUGCCCAACGGCUCCCUGUGGCUGUCCCAGUCACCAGCGCUCGAUGGCAGUGAUGAGGCGGCCCCUGGGGCCUCGGACGUCAUUGAGGGCAGCUAUUCCUGCCUGGCCCGUGGCCCUCUGGGAGUGGUGGCCAGCCAGGCUGCUGUGGUCAAGCUCGCUACACUUGCAGGCUUCUCUCUGCACCCAGAGUCCCAGACGGUGGAGGAGAACGGGACAGCUCGGUUUGAAUGCCACAUCGAAGGGUCGCCAGCACCAGUCAUUACCUGGGAGAAGGACCAGGUGACAGUGCCCAAGGAGCCGCGCAGCUUGAUUAUGCCCAAGGUAUGGCUUCUUGGUCUUCGGGAAACUCAGAGCAGCUGUUUAGGUGCCAUCAGGUUGAUUCCAACUCAUAGCAACCCUAGAGAACAGAGUAAUGGUAACGUUGCCUGCUGGCUUGCCCUCUCUCCAGGGUCUCUGGCAUCCACCAGGGGGCAGGACGUGGUCAUUGUAGCAGCCCCGGAGAACACCACGGUGGUGUCUGGUCAGAGCGUGGUGAUGGAGUGUGUAGCCUCGGCCGAUCCCACCCCUUUUGUGUCCUGGGUCCGACAGGAUGGGAAGCCCAUCUCCACGGAUGUCAUCGUCCUGGGCCGCACCAACCUACUGAUCGCCAGCGCGCAGCCCCGGCACUCUGGCGUCUACGUCUGCCGCGCCAACAAGCCCCGCACCCGCGACUUCGCCACGGCAGCUGCUGAGCUCCGCGUGCUGGCGGCCCCGGCCAUCUCGCAGGCGCCUGAAGCGCUGUCGCGGACGCGGGCGAGCACGGCGCGCUUCGUGUGCCGCGCGUCGGGGGAGCCGCGGCCAGAGCUGCGCUGGCUGCACAACGGGGCGCCGCUGCGGCCCAACGGGCGCGUCAAGGUGCAGGGCGGCGGCGGCAGCUUGGUCAUCACCCAGAUCGGCCUACAGGACGCCGGCUACUACCAGUGUGUGGCCGAGAACGGCGCGGGCACGGCGUGCGCCGCGGCGCCCCUGGCAGUGGUGGUGCGCGAGGGUCUGCCCAGCGCGCCCACGCGGGUCACGGCCACGCCGCUGAGCAGCUCUGCGGUGCUUGUGGCCUGGGAGCGGCCUGAAAUGCACAGCGAGCAAAUCAUCGGCUUCUCCCUCCACUACCAGAAGGCACGGGGCAUGGACAAUGUGGAGUACCAGUUUGCAGUGAACAAUGACACUACAGAGCUACAAGUCCGAGACCUGGAGCCCGACACUGACUAUGAGUUCUACGUGGUGGCCUACUCCCAGCUGGGGGCAAGCCGCACCUCGGCCCCAGUGCUGGUCCACACACUGGAUGAUGUCCCCAGUGCGGCACCCCAGCUCUCCCUGUCCAGCCCCAGCCCCUCAGACAUCAGGGUGGCGUGGCUGCCCCUGCCUCCCGGCCUGAGCAACGGGCAUGUGGUGAAGUACAAGAUAGAGUACGGUUUGGGAAAGGAAGAUCAGAUUUUCUCCACCGAGGUGCCAGGGAAUGAGACACAGCUUACGCUGAACUCGCUUCAGCCCAACAAGGUGUAUCGAGUACGGAUCUCCGCUGGCACAGGUGCAGGCUACGGGGCUCCCUCCCAGUGGACCCAGCACAGGGUGCCCAGUAUGCACAACCAGAGCCAUGUCCCCUUUGCCCCUGCAGAGUUGAAGGUGCGGGCAAGGAUGGAGUCCCUGGUCGUGUCGUGGCAGCCGCCCCCUCACCCUGCCCAGAUCUCUGGCUACAAACUGUACUGGCGGGAGGUGGGGGCUGAGGAGGAGGCCAAUGGUGAGAGCCCCCCAGGGGGCCAUGGAGACCAGGCUUGGGAUGUGGGGCCUGCUGCCUUUCAACCACGUGGCUUAGUGGAUGGAGCAUUCAGCCAGGAGCCAAGAAACCUGGGUUCUAAUUCCAACCUGCCCAUCCAGAGGGGUCCACCCUUGCCACCUGCCCAUGUCCACGCAGAGUCAAACAGCUCCACAUCCAUUUGGCUUCGGUGGAAAAAGCCAGACUUCACCACAGUCAAGAUUGUCAACUACACAGUGCGCUUCAGCCCCUGGGGACUCAGGAAUGCCUCCUUGGUCACCUAUUACACCAGCUCUGGUGAAGACAUUCUCAUUGGUGGGCUGAAGCCAUUCACCAAAUACGAGUUUGCGGUACAGUCCCACGGCGUGGACAUGGAUGGGCCUUUUGGCUCUGUGGUGGAGCGCUCCACCCUGCCUGACCGGCCCUCAACGCCCCCGUCAGACCUGCGCCUGAGCCCCCUGACGCCGUCCACCGUCCGGCUGCACUGGUGCCCCCCCACGGAACCCAACGGAGAGAUCGUGGAGUACCUGAUCCUGUACAGCAACAACCACACCCAGCCUGAGCACCAGUGGACCCUGGUCACCACGGAGGGUAACAUCUUCAGUGCUGAGGUGCAUGGCCUAGAAAGCGACACUAGGUACUUCUUCAAGAUGGGGGCGCGCACGGAGGUGGGGCCUGGGCCCUUCUCUGGCUUGCAGGAUGUGAUCACUCUCCAGGAGAAGCUCUCAGACUCCUUGGACGUACACUCGGUCACGGGCAUCAUCGUGGGCGUCUGCCUGGGCCUCCUCUGCCUCCUGGCCUGCAUGUGUGCUGGCCUGCGCCGCAGCCCCCACAGGGAAGCCCUCCCGGGCCUGUCCUCCACAGCCGCCACUGGGAACCCAGCACUGUAUUCCCGAGCCCGGCUGGGCCCCCCCAGCCCCCCAGCUGCCCACGAACUGGAGUCCCUCGUACACCCCCGUCCUCAGGACUGGUCCCCACCGCCGUCAGACGUCGAGGACAGGGCUGAAGUGCAUAGCCUUAUGGGUGGCGGCGUUUUGGACUGCCGGGGUCAGUCCAAGCGAAAGAUCUCCUGGGGUCAGCCUGCUGGGCUGAGCUGGGCAGGCUCCUGGGCAGGCUGUGAGCUACCCCAGGCGGGCCCCAUGCCCUCUCUGACCCGAGCCCUGCUGCCCCCUGCCGGAACUGGACAGACGCUGUUGCUGCAGGCUCUGGUGUAUGAUGCCAUACAGGGCAACGGGAGGAAGAAGGCACCCCCAGCCUGCAGGAACCAGGUGGAGGCUGAAGUCAUUGUCCACUCUGACUUUAGUGCAUCCAAAGGGAACCCUGACCUCCAUCUCCAGGACUUGGAACCUGAGGUUGCCCUGCCUUCGGAUGCUCCUAACCUCACCUCGCGUGUUGUGGAUCUACGGCAGGGGGCAGCCUGGCUGGACCUGGAGCUGGGAGGGUGUGAGCAGGCAGCCACUGGGUCAGACAGACUUACGUGCCUGCCAGAGGCAGCCAGUGCCUCCUGCCCCUACCCAGACCUUCCACCUGGUGAGGCUCUGGAGGAGGCCCCUGGGAACAGCUGCCAGCCAAAGGCCCCCUGCCCUCUAGCAGCCAGCCCAGCCCUGCCCAGAGCCCCAGUCUCCUCCUCUGCUUAG